AUACACAGUGGUGUGCCAGCCAAUUGGAGGAGCUUACGCCGUCACGUGACCAUACACGGAAAUGUAGCCACGUCUCCUUUUAUAAAUUGUCCACGGUCUCCAUUCCACUACACAAAAUUAGGAUUCACUCAUGAGUUAUUACACUUUAGGAAUCUUGAGAAGAUACCAUAAUGGCACAAUGGCAAGAAGUAUCAGAGAAGUCCAAGUUACACCCUAAACCAGUCGGGUUGGUUCUGCAGUAUGGAACAGCAGGCUUUCGAACCAAUGCGGAUCAUCUGGAUCAUGUAAUGUUUCGGAUGGGCCUUCUUGCCACACUGAGGUCCAUAAACACCAAAGCCAUCAUCGGAGUCAUGGUUACUGCGUCCCACAACCCUGAGGAAGACAACGGGGUGAAGCUGAUCGACCCCAUGGGGGAGAUGUUGACCCCCGCGUGGGAGGUCUACGCCACUCAGCUAGCCAAUGCAGAGCAGGAUCACUUGAUCACUGUUCUGAAGGACCUCGUCCAGAAGGAGUCCAUCGACUUGACGAACCAGGAAGCUGAAGUCUUUGUGGGCAGAGAUACCAGGAGCAGCAGUGCUAGACUAUCAGAUGCAGUCUUGGAUGGGGUGACUGCCCUGGAUGGACGAAGCAAAGACUACGGCCUGGUGACCACCCCUCAGCUCCACUACAUGGUGUGUUGCUGCAACACGCGGGGCGGGUACGGGAAGGCCUCGGUGGAGGGCUACUACAGCAAGCUGUCGCAGGCCUUCAUCCAACUGACCAAGUCUGCGCCCAACCGCACGGAUGACCAGAAGUGCCUGCUGGUAGACGGGGCCAACGGCAUCGGCGCGUUAAAGCUGCGCGAGAUGGAACCCUACCUGCAGGGGGCGCUGAAGGUGUCCCUGUUCUGCGACGGCACGGGCGGGAAGCUCAACCACCAGUGUGGGGCCGACUUCGUCAAAGUGCAGCAGAAUUCUCCGAAAGGCAUCGUUAUGAAGGCGGGCGAGCGGUGCUGUUCGUUCGACGGCGACGCCGACCGCAUCGUGUACUACUACAGCGACGACCAUGGUCGCUUCCACCUGCUGGACGGAGACAAGAUCGCCACACUCAUCAGCACCUUCCUCAAGGAACUGCUCACAAAGGCUGGCCUGGACCUCAAGAUAGCGGUGGUUCAAACGGCCUAUGCAAACGGAAGCUCCACGCGCUACCUGGAGGACACCAUGAAGGUAAUAGUGAGGUGCGCGAAGACCGGGGUGAAGCACCUUCAUCACGUGGCCCAGGAGUUUGACAUAGGAGUGUACUUUGAAGCCAACGGCCACGGAACUGUGUUGUUCAGCAAGGCAGCCGAGGAGAAGAUCCAGCAGCUGUGUGAUGACUCUGAAGGGGAGAGACAGGGGGCAGCCACCCUGCUGAAGAACUCUGUGGACCUCAUCAACCAGACUGUGGGUGAUGCCAUCUCUGACAUGCUGUUGAUUGAAGCCAUACUAGCCAUCAAGGGCAUGACGGUGCAGCAGUGGGACGCCAUUUACACCGACCUGCCCAACAGGCAGCUCAAAGUGAAGGUGUCUGACCGCAGGGUCAUCGACACCAAGGACGCCGAGAGAAAGACGGUGAGUCCGGCCGGUCUCCAGGAGGCCAUCGACCGACUGGUGGAGAGGCACCAAGAUGGCCGCUCCUUCGUCAGGCCCUCGGGCACGGAGGACGUGGUGAGGGUCUACUCGGAGGCGGCGACGCAGGAAAGUGCUGAUGCUCUGGGGCAUGAAGUCAGCCUCGCAGUGUACCGCCUGGCCGGUGGAGUGGGGGGCGAACCAAAGCCCCUGUAGUAGACAGCAUCACACACACACACACACACACACACACACACACACACACACACACACACACACACACACACACACACACACACACACACACACACACACACACACACACACACACACACACACACACACACACACAGGUACACAAAGUUCACACAGACCAUUAAACAAUCCUCUGUUUAGUAAAAAUUGCAACAUUUCUGUAUUUCACAUCGCUUUAUUUUCAAUUCAGAUUAUGUUUUUUUUCUGCUCUAAAUUGCACAAUAUCCUGUCUGCAUUUUUCUAAUUGUGAAAAGAGAAAAUAAGUGUUAGUUUAUGUUAAUGCUAUAAUGUGUCAAAUAUAUUUGAUAUUGUUAACAAAUUUUGUACAUUAGUAAUAUUGAAAGUCAUUGUUUUUUUCUAGUGGUGUGUUUUUCUGAUUGGAUAGUUCUCGCUGACUUUUUUACUAUUUUAAAAAGAGUUGAAAUAGGUGGUGCAAUCGUGGUAUCGGUUGAGUCUAACUCAACCGACAACCACAACUUAAUGGGUUACAUUUGCCAGGUUCUUCAUUGCAAUUUUUAACCUGACAUGAUUACUUGAACAUUAUUUAGUUGGUUUACACUUUAUUUUGAUUGAGUAGAAAAUAACUAAGGUGCUAUUUGGAAUAUUAAUUCAUUAAUAGCCAUUUUAUAUCAUUCAUAAUCAGCCAUUAAUUUGCAACAAAAAUGGAGAUGAGUGACAGGACAGGAACAGUACAAACCAAAAUACACUACUCUUUCAACGUUUGUGUUAACAAGUUAACAAGCUCACAAUGUUGAUUAUAAUAAUUGCUUAUAAUAUCAGUGCUGUUCAAUUCACUUUUCAAAGACAUCCUAAUCCUUAACCUGAAUGGACGGCCCAGGUCCCGAUUCCUUUUAUCAUAUCCAUAAAGCCUAAUUUGAGUUAACAUCACAGAAGCAUCUCUGGCUUCGUAAACGUUUGUGCAAAAGCUUGGGGAAAGUGUCACUUUUAAGGUGGAAUUGCUGUUCUUCAUCCGUGUCAUCGGCCACUCCAGAAAUGAUGACGUGCUCUGCUGGGAGUCGCUGUUGUAUGACUCCUCCUCUGUCUUAACUGUUCUGGGAAGAAAUUCAAUAAAUGGAUGACCGAAUCAGAAUUCCA